GGAGGGGAACCGGGAUGAGGCGGAGAAAUGUGUCGAGAUCGCCCGGGAGGCCCUGAACGCCGGCAACCGCGAGAAGGCCCAGCGCUUCCUGCAGAAGGCCGAGAAGCUCUACCCACUGCCCUCGGCCCGCGAACAAUCCUAGGAUUCAUUUGACCAGGUUUACUCAUAUGGAAGCAGACUUUUUGAUGAAUGAAUGAAUGAAAAUAACUUACCCAAGGUCAGACAGUAAUUAGUAGCAAAGUCAGAAUGAUACUACUUGAGCUCUCUAGCUCCAAAAGGCCCUUCACCACUACACUCCAUUGUCUGGCUGAUAGGAUACUGUUUCACUUGAGGUUCAAGAUAUUUCCAGGUUAAGAAGAAAAUUAUCAGUAAUCUCAUUGGCUACUUUAAGGACUAUCUUUUUCUUUGGUAUUCUGCAGUUUCACCAUGAUGUGACAAAUAAAACACUAUUGGAAAUAAUUAUGAAAAAUGGAAGCACUGCUGGAAGUAGCCCUCAUUGCCGAAAACCGUCAGGUAGUGGUGAUCAAAGCAAGCCUGAGUGCACAAAGGACAGCUCCUCUGGUAGUGGUGAGAGCGGAAAAGGCUACACCAAAGACCAAGUAGAUGGAGUUCUCAGCAUAAACAAAUGUAAAAAUUACUAUGAAGUACUUGGAGUUACCAAAGAUGCUGGUGAUGAAGAUUUGAAAAAAGCUUAUAGAAAGCUUGCUUUGAAGUUUCAUCCAGACAAAAACCAUGCACCUGGAGCAACAGAUGCUUUUAAAAAGAUUGGAAACGCUUAUGCGGUUUUAAGCAAUCCAGAAAAACGAAAGCAGUAUGACCUCACAGGCAAUGAAGAACAAGCAUGUAAUCAGCAGAACAAUGGUAGAUUUAAUUUCCAUAGAGGUUGUGAAGCUGAUAUAACUCCAGAAGACUUGUUUAAUAUAUUCUUUGGUGGUGGAUUUCCUUCAGGUAGUGUACAUUCAUUUUCAAAUGGACGAGCUGGCUAUAGCAAUCAACAUCAGCAUCAACAUAGUGGACAUGAAAGAGAAGAAGAAAGAGGAGAUGGAGGUUUUUCUGUGUUUAUCCAGCUGAUGCCCAUUAUUGUAUUGAUCCUCGUGUCAUUAUUAAGCCAAUUGAUGGUCUCUAAUCCUCCUUAUUCCUUAUAUCCCAGAUCUGGAUCAGGGCAAACGAUUAAAAUGCAGACAGAAAACUUGGGUGUCGUUUAUUAUGUCAACAAAGACUUUAAAAAUGAAUAUAAAGGAAUGUUAUUGCAAAAGGUAGAAAAGAGUGUGGAAGAAGAUUAUGUGACUAAUAUUCGAAAUAAUUGCUGGAAAGAAAGACAACAAAAAACAGAUAUGCAGUAUGCAGCAAAAGUAUACCAUGAUGAACGACUCCGAAGGAAGGCAGAUGCCUUGAGCAUGGACAACUGUAAAGAAUUGGAGCGGCUGACCAGUAUUUAUAAAGGAGGAUGAACUGGAAUUUUAUUUAUACCUUUUAGAGUACUCUCUAUUUUUUCUGUAAGUAAGUUUAGUUUCAUCAUGAGAGCUAAAGAAGAAGAUUUGAUGUUGAAAACUAAACUGAAUAGUUGGUCCCUGAAAUCUUGGACUGUUUAUGACCUACUGGCUCCUUUAAAUAGUAAAGAACUGAAAACUAAAAUUAAUAUUUUAGUUAUGCUUCUGCAAUUAUUUUCACUUUAAAAGCUUAUAUGAUUCCUAACUAAAAAUGUCUUGAGAAAGGAUUAUCGCACCUGUAGCAAUUUCUGGUUUUAGAUUCUCAAUUUUUUUCCCUUGUCAUGUAAAUAUUUAUGGAAUGAUCAUUUUGUGUAUAUACAGGUUAUUGCCUUUUUAUUUAAAUUCUUUUGGUGUUUAGCUCCAUGAGACACUUUAGUUUAAAGUGACGGAAUAAAUGUUUUAUGACAAAAUUGCAUUUUCCUUGUCAGAUGUCCAAUGUGUGGAGGUUACAAUGAAACUUUAUCAAAAAGAAAAGAAAAAACAAAAGUUGUUUAACUUUGUGUAAAAUCUUGUAGCAUUAUCAGCGUAGAGGGAAUUGAUAUUUUUAAUAUUACCAUUAUAUUCUAAAUUAUAUAUUGAGAUAAAUGAACUGGUGUAAAGUAUAAGUUUGCUAUUUAUUUAGUUUUAUGAAUUGCUAAGCCAUGCAUAGAAAUGAAAUGCUAUACUGAUAGAUUUUAAAGAAAAUAUGAGGAAAUGGCUAUAUAAACAUUAACCAAAAAGGGUCUUCAACAGUAAAUUGCAGUUAUGUCAUUUGCAAUUCCAGUAACUAAAAGGCCCCCAAAUGUUCAUAUGCAUACAUCUUUGAAGGCUGCUAAAAUUUAUGAAGAACAGGACCUACCUGUUUUACCCCCCAUGGAAAUUUGCAGUUUCUUCUUAGUGAUCAGGAGCCUUAGUAAACAGGAUCCGAAACUAAAUGAGUUCUUAAUAUUGUCUAAUAGGAAAAAUUACUACUGAAAUGAAGCUUUGUGCCUUUUAACCUGAUUGCCAGCUCGUAAACAUAUAGGUAGAUUACAGCAGACUUACUUGAUCAGAGCAUGAUCUGUUUGGCCAUAUACAGCAGUGAGCAGAAACAUAGCAGCAGGUAGAAUAGUGAUUUAUAACAAGUUAUCCUUACAAAAAUUUGAGCUAAAAUCUAUUCUCCAUUGAGUAAUUCAAUUAAUCCUAUAGGAAUAAGCUCCUUAUAAUUAAAUCCAUAAUAUAAAUUGGAAAAAUCAGCUGGAAAUUGAAGUUUUUGGUGCCUGUAUGUUGGAUAUGAAACUAUUUGAUUUCUAGUCUUCUAUUUUUUUUUUUUCUUCUAUGUUUAACAGUUGUAGUAUUUUAAUGAUUUUGCUUUCAUACUCAUUUAACAGAACAUGAACACAUCUUUGGUAGUUUUUUUUUGUGUGUGAGAGAAUGCUAGUUGGAGUGCAGUGUUCUUUUAUUUAAAGAUUUUUUUCUGAAUGUAAUUUAUAUAGCAUCUGUUGAAUAGAACUUCUGAAAUGACCAUUCUUUUUUAAAUGUUCUCUUGUAUCCCCUUUUCCAGGUAAAUCAAUAGAAAUGCUUGAUUGAAUUAGUUGUUUAACUAAACAGCAUACUAUCCUAGGAAAACUGGACAGCUUAACCAACUUUCUUUUAGAAAUGCAACCUUAAAAAAAAAAAUAGCGUGCUUAAAAGAAAAUACAAUUUAAAAUAUUUUCUUCAGCCUAUAGAAUUAGUUUCUGAAAAACAAGGUCAUAGCAUUCUAAUUAACUUUGAAAGUUUAUAUGCAUCAGAAAACUUAUACAAAUAUAAAUGAAAAAAAUUUCAUCCAUUAUUUUUCCAGUUUUAAUGGGAAAUUUACACUAUUGUGAUUGAUGCUUAUGUGAAUUGAACUCUUGUUGACUGAUUCUUUUUCCCUUAAUCCUGACUUUAAGGAGAUAGGUGAAGUUAUCAAGUUAAGUGAAGUUAUAUAUUAUGAAGUCAUACAUGGCUUUUGGACAGUAUUAUAUUUCAGUUGCAUUACAUUUCAUUUCAUAAAAUGCAUUUGAUAAAAUUUUCAAACAACUGUGGGAAAUGACUGAUCGAGUGCCUGACAAUUUAAGCCACAUGUAAAGUAUGCAAGUAAAGAGUAAGCCCUUAAUGUCACCUAUAUCAUGGUGUAAAGGCCCGUCCAAGUGUCUUAGAAUUUUGGGUUAAUUCUACAAAGUAAAAAGACUUCUACUAUCUUUUUUUUUUUAAUCAAAGUGUAUGAUUUACAGUGUCAGCUAUCUUGAGAUGUAAGAUUUUCACAUUUGCUGCUCUUUUAACAAAAAUUCCAUUUUGCCAUCUUAUUUUUAGCUGAGCUUUCCAAUUUAAUUUGAUAACUUGUCCUCUUCAUUUUAAUCAUCGCCUAAAAGCCCUCAAUCUUUGAGUAUUGAUUUACUAGCUUUUCUAACUGGUAUUUUAGAAGUUUGGCAGCAAUUAUAUUUAUUAGUGCUUUACAUUUUUAUCCCUUUUUAAACACAUACACAAACAUCAUUGUCUUUGCGAGGAUUUGGGGGAAAGUAAAUAGUACCUUUUCUCCUCCUCUUUUAAUUCCUUUGUUUCCACAUAGGUGCUAGUCAUUUGUAAGUUUUGGAAUUUAUUGUGAUCAAAUCUGAGAAUUUAACUCUCAACAGUGAGAAAUAAUAAGUGAAAACAAUGUGUUUUGGGAACAGACUACAUUUGAAUGCUUAAAUAAGUAUUUGUUUCAUAAUCAUUACAUUCUUAUUUAUGAUAAUUACAAAGAUUUGGUAGAGAAGAGUAAGCCCUUAAGGUAUAUAUAUGCCAGUGCAUUAAACCACUUUGCUUUUAUGUCAGCUCAGGUGUUAUUAGGAACAGGAAGAUAGAAUUCCAGCCCUUUGCUUUAAUUGCACUUUCAUGCUUAAGUGUUCUUCCUGUUAAAUCUUUAGUUAUACUAGUAUGUAAAAUUGUUACUGAGAGAAAUGGUUAACCUCUUGAUUUCCCUUUGUUGAUUUGUAAUAUUUUUAAAUGCAGCUGUUAUUUAACAGAUGUGACAUUUAAUAUUACUUAAUAAUGCAUUCUAACUUAUUUCAUUAAAAAAAUUUCCCACCCGUGUUAAGGCAGUGAAAUAUUUCUAGAUGUUGGCCUGAGGACCAAAUGAGCCGUCUUUUUAGUUAAGUAAGAAUUAUGUCAAAAGACCAAAUGAUUCAAAAGGAGAAUUUGUGCACUUAUUUAGCUUUCCCAUAUGAAGCUUGUGUUCAGUAUUACUCUUACUAUUGUCUGUCUUCAUACUGAGUGAACCAACUGAAAAGGCAUUCAUAAUCUUUUUUCUUAACUGAACAGAAAACCUUCUGAAAAUGAACAAUAAGUCUUAAUCUGUACUAGAUAGCUGAAAAACCUUGUCUCUUGGCCAUAUUGGACUAGUGCCUAAAGUCCAUAAAAUUCUCUAUAAACCCAUCAAAAAGAAAAGAGAGUAGUCUCACAAUAACUUGUUUUUUUAAUUCUAAUUUUUAAGUUCAAAGAAGAAGUGGGUAGAAUGAGGAUCUUCAAGCAUUGUUGCACAUUCCUUUAAUAAUCUGGCAGGCGAUACAGUCCUCGAAUUCAGGCUUCCUCUUUGUUUCAUUACUAUUAAAUAGACAGUUUCAUAUAAAUGGAAACAUUUUCCCUCAAAACACUAGUUCAAAACAUAUUCCUUAUAUUAAGGAUUAUGUAACCGCAUUUUUUGUAAAUUCCUUGUGUGUAACUUUCCUGUUGGUAUGUGAUUCCUUUUCAUUUAUUUAAUUUUAUUAUCUGCUGGUUUUGGGGCCAAUAGAUUUGUGAAUAUUCUGUGGAUGUGUCCAUGUAUACGUGUGUGUGUGUAUAUAUAUAUAUAUAUACAUAUAUAUAUAUAUUUUCCAGCUAAUACCUCAAAUAUGUGAUUGUUUAAUAUAUACCACAUUAUAUUUGCACAGAGCAGGGCUUCCAUUAGCAGUGGAUUUUCUUAUUUCUAACUUUGAAAAUCAGUCCACAGAAUUUCAUUGGUGUGGAUUCUUUCUGUUGAUCUUUUCCAUAUUUUAACACAGAUUCCUAUUAUAAGGCCCAUACUUCAAAUAUAAUUGUAUCUUUCUAUAGCAAUCUGGAAGUAUGUAGGGGUAAGAAGUGUUUCUUGGAAUGUUUUAGUAAGUUACCAUAAAAAAUUGGAAUUACUCGUUGCCAAGCUGUCUGGUAACUGCAUAACAGAUGACAUCUGGCAUGAAUGUGAAUGUCUCAUUCACUUCAGCCCAGGAGUUGGGACAUUCUAAUCUGAUAUUCUACUUUGCCAUUUAAGAGCACCAUUAAAAUAAUAGAGAUUUUUCGAUGACAUCGGAGUAUUUUAAGCAUCAAUUUAAAAAUGAACUGCUUUGGACUCUGUAUGGAUGGAUGACUAUAUCAAUGAGAAGAAAGAAACUCACACAUAAAUAAUAUUUUUGUAAUUUAUUUGUAUUAAGAAAUGCUUCUUACCUUUUUUGUUUUUUCAAUUUUUGGGUUGCUACAUAAGACUUUCUUUCCAUAUGAAGUUUAGAUCAUGUUUUUUAAAAGCUGCAGGUAAUUUUCAAGGUGUGAUGGAAUUUUAAUGGAAGCCUUGUAUAAGUUAAAUGAAGUGAAAUUGGUAAAGGAGAUCUUACUUUAUUUGUCUAUAGUGCAUUCAAGAUUAUACAAUUAGAUUUCAAAAUGAAAUGUCUGAUUUGUAAAAUAUUUAAUGUUAUAUCAGACUUAUAUAAAAUAAAAUUUUCUGUGUGAGAACUCUGUUAAAGAAAAUGCAUUUGAUUUUUAAUGAAUGUUCUGCUGAAUGAUUUAUGAUGAAUUUUUGUCUUUCAGUCUCUGCAGUUUAUCUCAAUAUAUGAAUAAAAAGAAGGUCUGUUCUCACUGUAAAGGGUUUGUUUUUAUCAUGUU